GACACACACUGGGCCGACACUGUGGCAGUAGCCUUCCUGCUUCCAUGGACACAUCUGACAGUUUUGCCUAUGUCAAGUUUGUCAGUGACUCCAGUGGAAAUGCAGCAGGCUUCAGUCUGUCAUUUGAAGCUAGUGUUGAAGCCUGUGGGGGAGAGUUGAAUGCUCCUUCAGGAACAAUCUCCUCUCCCAAUUAUCCCAACUUGUACCCACACAACCGGGUGUGUCGCUGGGAGCUGGUGGUGUCACCAGGACGCCGGGUUACACUCACCAUCAAUGACCUACGGCUGGAAGGUUCUGGAACUUCCUGUGCAUUUGACUAUGUUGAU